AGUGAAGCAGGUAAGCAGGAAAUGCAUGUUUAAACCUGAUUUCCUUGCGUUUCUUGUUUUGAUAGGCAACACUAUAAGGACCAAUUUGCACUUAUAAAAAAGAUCAUGUCAUAACAUUUAAGACUUAAGCCCUUUAAGUAAAUAUCGUCACAUAUUUGCAAUUUUUUUUUUUAAACCAUUUGAAAGAAUUUUGAAAGUGUUCCAUUUUGAUUGUAUUUAUUUAAUGCAUUUAAUUAUUGGAAUAUAUGAGACAUCUUUUUGGUAUUCUGCAACAACAUUUUUUUUUUUUUUUUAAGAAAUGCGUACUCUGCAUAUGUCUGCAUAUGCACUGAUGUCUUCAGCAUGGACUGAUAUUUGUCCUUCACAUUAAAGGGUUUUUGGUUAUUAGCAAUAACAUAAACAACCGACAUAACAACAGUAUAUGCAUCAAGAAGAAAAGAAUUAUGAAACCACAAAGGUUUAACACUUUAUAAAAACUUUCUUAUAUAUUUACAAAACAUGGGAAUAUGUAAUGAAACACAAAAAGCACAAAAACUGUACUUUUUAAUUAAUAUAUCAAAAGAAUUCAUUUGUGGAGACAUUUUCACGCAUUCCUUACUAUGUAUAAAAGUAUUAGCUGAAUUAAUAAAUGUAAAUGUGAGGAAAUACUAACAGAUAUAAUAGAUAUAAGAUAGUGGACUAAACAUGCUACAGUAGAGAGAUUAUGAGACGGGUGAAACUCAUGUCUGUUGAGUGGAAACAAAAAGCAGAAGCAAGAGGCAGGGACUUUAAAAUAGUGGAGGAAAAUUGAAAGACUAAUGGGUGUUUCUUUUAUAUAAAUAGCCCAUAGAGGCAGCACAAGUGUGUUUUGUACUUUAUGUAUGUUGUGGGCUAGAGACCACUUUAGUGUUUAUUGUGGUUUGUUUAUUUGGUUUCCGUCAGGGCUGUGAAGUGAAACAUAUGCAGUAGAAGACAGGAAAUAGAUUUUUAGUUGACCAGUUUUAUGUCCUGUUUUAACACAGUUGAAUGUGAGCUUGUAUUUAUGAAUGAAUUAUUAAAUAAUGAAUGUAUAAAUGGAAGAACAACAGAAGAACAGGGUCAUGUGAAGCUGCUGCAUGUUUCUGAUGUCUGCUGCAAACAUGUUCCUCUGUUCACAGCUGCUGUAUGUGGGCACAGAUCACAUGUUGGUCCAGUAUCGCAAAUUAUACCAAAGAAGAUCUGGACGAUAUUCCUAGUGACAUUUUCAAAGAUGUUGUAAAGAUUAAGAACAGUAAUUGAAUCUCUCUGAUAAAUGUGAAUUUUAUGGUAGCUACUUCCUGUGCUUUAAAGUGAAACAUUUAUUUAUCUCUCUACACAAUUCUAGUACUUUUUAUGUCAAAAUGUAUUUCUUAAACACUAUACUGUUUUUAGGAUCGUAGACUGAUUGCAUUAAUGUUAAUGCUGAUAUUUCCCCCCAUUUUAAAUUCUUAUUAUCAAAUGAAAGGAUACAUUUUUGUGAAUAUUUUAAAUAAAAGAUCAAAAGGAUUAACAAUGCAGAUUUCUUUGGUCAUAUUUACCAAGGGUGCCCAUAUUUUGGCCAUGACUGUAUAUGAACUAUCUUUAGACCCUAGUUUUAAAUUGUCACCUCUCCCUCCUUCCUGUCCUGGCAGCUCGAAUGUCACAUGAUUCACACUUUGAUCACUAACAUGUUUUUUUGUUUUUUUUUUUAGUUCAGUUCCAGCUUCAGUUUUAAAGACUGGCUGAUGAAAUCUAAAGCAGUGAAGCCUAAACAAAUGAAAACUAGAACAACCUACAGGAUUACCACAGAGAUACGAUGUACAACACCGAGAGAUCAGAGAUAACCCAUGCUAUUUAUGAUGAUGCGAUGACUUGGACUGAGGAGAGAGGAGAAAGAGUGGAGAUGAUUGUAGAUAUCUAUGACUGUGUGGAUCCUGCCAAUCAUCAGGAUCUCCCGUCUCACACAGAGAAACACCACACACUUCAGCACACAGGAAGUGUCUCAGUGGAGAACAGAAAGCACACAGCACCUGUAGUGUGUUUGUGUCUGCUGUGUUUUCUUCUGCUGACCGCUGUAAUAGUGCUGUAUGUGUGUUUCACCACCGAGAGAAAACAGUUACUAACACACAUCAGUAACCUGACUGAAGAAAGAGAGCAGAUCCUUACCAAAUAUGAGCAAAUACUGAACCACAACAAUAACCUGACUGAAGAAAGAGAGCAGAUCCUUACCAAAUAUGAGCAAAUACUGAACCACAACAAUAACCUGACAGAAGAAAGAGAGCAGAUAAAAAACAAGUUUGAGGAACUCCAAUGUGGCCUUUAUGAACUAGAUCAGCGUGCUGACAACUUGAAAUGGAUUUACUACAACUUCAGCUUUUAUUAUAAUUCAUCUAAGAAGAAGACCUGGAGUGACAGCAGACUAUACUGUCAACAGAAACAAGCAGAUCUGGUGAAAAUAAACAGCAGAGAGGAACAAGAGUUUUUACGGAAGGUUGUUGGGAGUGAUACAUUUUGGAUUGGUUUGGAAAAUUCAGGAGAGUGGAAAUGGACUGAUGGAGUAAAAUUGGCAAAUGGCUACUGGAGUUCUGGGCAUCCAAAUUCAUACGGUGAUUGUGCUAAGAUGUCCUCAACAGGUUGGGAAAGUCAUUUAUGUACUAAUAAGGAAAAAUGGAUCUGCGAGAGAACAAUAUGUACAUACAAUAAAAUAAACCCAUCAUGAUUUUAAAAUGCAAUACCUCUGCUUUAUAAUUCAAACUAUAUUGUUGAGUGCAAAUCAUUUUGAAAUUCAAAAUUUUUACUUUGUGAUUCAUCUGCUUUUUAAAUAUGUAAAUAAAUGGAAAUACAAGUUAUAUUGUUCAUACAAGUUAUUUUUAGCGAUAUAUCUAUUAAUGUUAUUCAGCUUCUGUCACAAUUUUUUGUGUGUAAACAUGUCUGGCAAUAAAAGCUGUUUCUAUU